AUGACCCUCCCUUUCCUCAACGUCGUUGAAGAGGACGUGUUCCAGUUGGUGAACGGCUGCCUCAUCGGCUGGCUUCUGCUGAUUGCCUUCCCCCGUUGGAAGCACACCCCCAGCGUGGUCCUUCUGGUCUCGGCUUUCUACGCGCUCCUGUACACCCUCCUCCUCCCUUCCUCCAUCUUCGGCACGCUCCCCCCCGGCUCGAGCUUCACCUCUCUCCAAGGCAUCGUCAAUCUCUUCUCCAGCAAGCGGGCUGUCCUGGCCGGUUGGGUGCAUUAUGUGAGUUUUGACCUGCUAGCUGCCAGGUUCAUCCUUCUGGACUCGCAAUCAGCAGGCAUUCCUCAUCUCUUCAUCGUGUGGAUCUUUCCUCUCACCUUGCUGCUGGGUCCUGCAGGGCUAACCUCCUACCUCCUCCUCAAACCGCUUGUCAGUGGAUCGAAGAGCAAGAAAGCACAAUGA